AUGAAAGAGACUGUUUUCCACCACCUUCUUUAUUCUGCAGAAGAUAUCUUUCUUUGGAUCCAUAUUGUGAUCAGAGAACUCAGAAACAUACAAUAUGUUUCCAGAGAGUCAGUUCAGAAUAUUCUCAAUGAAACACCACAAGAGCUCGUAUUGGAAGCAGCUGUGACAGGAAUGCAUACCAGCUCGAAUAGCCUGGCAGCGUGUUCCGAGAAUAAGUCUUUCUUUGACGAUGAAUCUAUCCGAGCCCACUUUGGAGCCUCGAUCGAUGUCAUCGAUGAUACGGUCUCCUAA